AUGGCUGAAGAAAGUGCCGCAGCUGGUGGAGCUGCUGCGGAAAAAGUUAUCCACACAUACCCAUUGAUAAGGCAUUGUGACAUGUCAGAAGAGAUGCGUAUAGAGGCGAUGGAGCUGUCAGUGACUGCGUGUGAAAAGUUCUCUCAAAACAAUGAGCUGGCUGCAAGAAUGGUUAAGGAGACAAUGGACAAAAAAUUUGGUCCUGCCUUCCAUGUGGUCGUUGGUGAGAGCUACGGCUUCGAGAUCACGUAUGAGUGUACAACUAUAUGUUAUAUGUACUUUGGUGGGAACCAGGCAGUGUGUAUUUGGAAGUGUUCGUGA